AUGUCGUCAGAGUCUUCCGCCGCCCUUCUCGGGUCUAAUUCGUCCUCAACCUUCCAGAGGCUCCUGCCUAAGCUUGCCGCGCUCCCUCAGGCACUAUGGAACCGCACGAGCAGGCGGAUGCGCGUGGUUGGAGGCUUCGUUUCCGUCCUGUUAGUCGUGACCGCAUUCCCCGAUUCACAGCUCAACAUUAUGACCACGCUCACCUCGCAAAGCGCAUCUGCGCCGAGGAUAUCGAUCCACUACCCUCACUCACCAUUCAAUGAAUCCAAGGUCGCCCUUUUGAUUGAGAACCGACCCAACCCCAUCCUAGCCCCUCUGAUGCUUCACUUCAUGGCCGUAGUCCCACCUGAUUGGAAGUUCCGCUUCAUGGGCUCCGUCGAGUCGGUUGAACACAUAAAUAGGUCGAUGGCCAUUCGAGAACAGGUCAAGGCGGGCAAGCUUGACUUGAGCUAUAUCCCCGCCAACAUGAGUACCAGUGGCCAGGAGAUGAUCUCCCGCUUUCUGACCAACCUUUGGCUCUACGAGACGCUCCUCCAACCCGCCGAGUGGCUCCUCGUCUUCCAGACCGACAGCAUCAUUUGCGCCAAUUCCAGGUACACCAUCAACGACUUCCUCGAAUACGACUGGAUUGGCGCCCCUUGGCACCCCAGCAGCACCUGGGGCGGCAACGGCGGUCUCUCCCUCCGCCGCGUGAGCACCAUGAUCGACGUCCUCAAGAACCAGGUACGCGUCGAAGACUCCGAUCCCGAGGACGUCUGGCUUGCCGAGCGUGUUUCCCACCACCCUGGCGCCAUGGUUGCCAACGGCUCCGUUUCUCUCAAGUUCUCCGGCGAGCAGUAUACCGGAGAGAAGGUACACAUCGACGAAGCCGAGGCUAUUCAAAAGUACGGAUCCGUCCUGAAGGCCGCCGAGGCUGGUGAGUACAUCACCGACAUUGAUGGGUGGCGUGAGGGCUUCUAUGAGCCUUUGGGCUAUCACACUGGAGGCUCCGGCUCCUACCUCCACAAGCACAUCUGGGGUGACCCCAAGUCCAGGGAGCACAUCUGGAAAUAUUGCCCCGAGGUCAAGAUGACCUUGGCCAUGGACGCUGCCAAGUUCGUCCCCGGCGACUGCAAGAACACGUGGAAGAGGGACGAGUCCGGUGAGGCAAGUUACCCCUACGGCACCGAGGUGAUCAACGGCGUGGAGUACCCCGUCCUUCCUCCUGGCCUAACCGCCUUUUAA